UCUUAACUUAGAUAUUUAAAUCUGUAAUUUGUUAACUUUUAACUGUUAAUUUAUCGACAUUAAUCAAACUUAACUUGAGUUAAUUAUUUCCAUUAACUUGGUCAUCUUUGCUACUAAUAAGCUAAAUAUUUUCUAUAUUACCGUCCGGAAAAAUUUAUAAACUUAUACCCCAACUAGGCGAAGUCUAGUUAAUUAUAUUACGAUGUUUUUUUUGUCUGUAACCACUUUUUUCAUAUCUCACCGGACCGAUUUCUUUCAACGAUACAUAAAAAGAUCAAAAAUUGUAUCUAGUUGAUGAAAAUCCUCUCAAAAAUUAAACAAAUUUCCUUGUUCCCUGUAAAUGGUAAAAAUCCCCCAAAAAUUACGAUUUUUAAAUCGGUAAUUUUUUAACUUUUUUUCUUAAAACUGUCAUAAUUUUUUGAAAAACAAAUGAAUCAAGACAUUUUUUUUAUAAAUACCUUAGAUGUUUAUCUUUCAUUUUGUAUACAUUUUUCGUAAAUCUGAUCCUUUUCAUGUUAACAGAGGGGAAUUCAAAAUGACAACUUUUACAUAAAAAGUAGAACUUAUCAAACAUAUUUUUUGAAAAUGUUCUGGAGAUAAUGCGUUUUUUAAAGAUAUGUUAAAUUAAAGCUUAUGUUACAUACUAUAAGACUUAUAGUAUGUGACAUUAUAUGUUGUCUUGUAUUAGAUACGAAGUUCAAGGUCGACCUGUUGAGUGUUGUUGGGUUUUUGAGAAUCCAAAUGGAUAUAAUGCCGAAGCAUUAUCACGAACUAUUUUUGGUAUAAUUGAUCCUCUUCUAGAAAAAUCACCUAAUUAAUUAGUAUUCAAUCAUAUGAUGGUGCAGCUGUUAUGAGUGGCCAAAAAGCUGGUGUUAAUGUGAAGAACACAAGAAUCGUGUUGCUCGCCGAUGAAGUUAAAAUGAUGUAACGGAAUAAGUCCACCAGCUAAACACGACUUAUACAGCUAAUGCGGUACGGCAGCAACAACGGCUUCGUCGUAGUUAUACUAUGUUAUAUUUUAACGUAAAAAUUAUUCGUCAUAGUACACACACAUAUAAACAGGGUCAAUGCUGUUAACAAUGAACGAACUUGUAGUAAUGUCAUGAAAUAUUACGUGUUUGGCACACAUUCGAUAGUUUUUAUCAACGUUAAAAAACAACGUCUGGCGGAAUGUGUCGUGGAACAUAUAUACGGGGCAUCCAGUAUUUAAAAAAUAUUAACCCAAUAUUAACUUGCUGGCUGUAAGAUCCCACGAUGGAUUUAGGGAUGUACGCGCCGGUCAGUGAAAUGCCGCAAUAAUCAUUGCCGGAGACACAAUCACGACGUGCUAGGGUAUUCGGAGCCUGCUUUUGGCUCUUAAUAAAACCUAAUAGUUGGUCAAGUGUAACAUCUUAGGGAGACGACGUCAUAAACUGCAUUUGGAUACAGUCCCCAAUAGAUGCCGUGGGGGUUCGGUAGGUCAGAUGUGACAUCACCAGGGCGGACUGCAUCUCUCUUGUGUUAACGGUAUUCUUUGUCGGCACUGUAAGAACAUUUAUUACUAUAUUCUUACCAACUAUAUUAUACACAUUGUAUUAAUUUCUAAUACAUAUUAAUUAGCAUAGAGAGAGAUUCUGAUGUGACAAUUCUAUUCGUUUGUAGUUUGGAGCUUCUGACUUCGAACUAACAAAGAACAGUUGAGUUCAAGUGGCCGCUGUAGCUUUCGAUACCAUUACUUUUGUCUUAUUAAGUUAAUAAUUUAACGAUUUGUCUAUCGCUGACUGUCAUCACAGCCAACCAACUCCAUCUUAUUUGGAGAAUAUACCUACUAACUAAGUGCACAUGGUCAGAUGUAUUGUACAUUAUAUAUAGUUUAUAUUUACUGAACAUUUAAAAUACAUCUUACGUUGCUGGUGACAUAAAAAAUAAUAGUUUAAGUUUAUUAUAUAAUCUCCAACUAAUUGCCUAUUUCUCCUUCAGAUAAUUAAAACUCAUUUAUGGAGAUAACAUUUAGGCAGACGUCGGUUAGCUUCCGAUUUAUGGUCUUGAUCACUCAGUACUAAACAGAUCCCCAACAGUACCUUUAAGUGCCUGUACCCACUAUUUAUAUACUUUUCUGAAAUCAUUAUUUUACAACAAUUUUUAAAAAUUUAUAUGAACAUAUUAAAUUGUUAAUAAUCCUUGUUGCUACAAGGCCAGUUAGUGGUUCGCUUUGCAAUCAUAAAAACAAUGAUCACCAGCCUAACGUGCUGUAGCAUAGUGAACCCGUCUAUCUCUAAACACGAGACAUUUCAAAUGAGUCUACUGUAAAAUUUAGUACAUAAUAUUUAACCUGUAAGGUGUUUCACCAAGGAAUAACCAAACAUUAUAUUUUAAUUUCUAUAAAUUGUUAAAAUUCUUUAAAAAUGAAUGUUAAGUACCGUUAAAAAAAUACCACAGUUUCUUUAAGUGUUUUAAAUAAAAAAAUAUAAAACUAUUUUAAUAAUAUUAACUAUUGGCUAUAAAAAUAUACUACAUGUAUCACCAUAUAAACCGCUAGCAUUGAAUAAAUACACAAAGGCUAAUUAUUUCUUUAAUUUCCGUUAGAAAACUUUUGUGGACCUUCUGAAAAUCAAAAAAAACUAAUUUUGUUAUACUAAAAUCAUUUAAAGGGUAAUAACCAUUAGAAAUGGACAUCAGAAAUGACAUCGAAGUCGAUCAUGAACAUAGAAUUUUAUCUAAUUAUGCUAUAUAUGAAACCUCAAUUGUAUUCAGGUCUGGUAAAAUUGACAGUGUUAUCAAAUCUGCCAUGGAGUUAAAUUCAUCUUAUAUUUUAAACGCUCCUGCCUUGUCAUUAGAAGGUGGCGAUAGUUUAGAUAUGACCACAGCUCAUACUAUCUUACAUACCUUAAAAGAGGAAUGUAAUCCGGUAAAAUUAUCUUUACAUACCAUUGAAGAAAUAAAAUGUCCAGUAGUCGGAGAACUUAUAAAAAAAUUUGACGAGUUUUAUUAUGAUAAAAGUUUAAAUUUGAUAACAAAUGGCGUACAUAAAAGCACUGUGUCGAAAAAAACAUUGGGUUAUGGAGAUCAAUGUGACAAGAAGAAUUCAGUAUUAAAUAUUCAACCUAAUCAAAAGGAUGACUUAGAGGCCGUUAGUAACGAAAGCCCCAUAAGGAACAAAACUAAUUUGUUCUUGAGGAAUGAAAAUAGUUUUUCAGAUGAUAAGAUUGUUUUGGAAAAUAUUUCAUCUGAUACUUUUAAUGUAUACCGUAAAUUUCCAUCUAGCACAUCAUCUCCAAAAGUCAAAGAACUUAUAAAAAAAUUUGACGAAUUCUAUUAUGAUAAAAGUUUAAAUUUGAUAACAAAUGGCGUACAUAAAAGCACUGUGUCAAAAAAAACAUUGGGUUAUGGAGAUCAAUGUGACAAGAAGAAUUCAGUAUUAAAUAUUCAACCUAAUCAAAAGGAUGACUUAGAGGCCGUUAGUAACGAAAGCCCCAUAAGGAACAAAACUAAUUUGUUCUUGAGGAAUGGAAAUCAUUUUUCAGAUGAUAAGAUUGUUUUGGAAAAUAUUUCAUCUGAUACUUUUAAUAUAUACCGUAAAUUUCCAUCUAGCACAUCAUCUCCAAAAGUCAGAGAACUUAUAAAAAAAUUUGACAAAUGCUUUUUUGAUAAAAGUCCAUCUCACACAGCAUCUCCAAAAGUCAGAGAACUUAUAAAAAGGUUUGACGAAUUCUUUUAUGAUAAAAGUCAAAAUUUGAUAACAAAUGGCGUUCGUAAAAGCACUGUUAUGAAAAAGACAUUGGGUCAUAGAGAUCAAUGUGACAAGAAGAGGCCUCUUUUAAAUAUUUAACCAAUAAAUCAAACUAUUCGAUAAAUCUAAACACAUAUUUUUUUAUAAAUUAUCUUAUUUAUUAAUUGAACUAUUUAUUCAUUUUAAAACAUCUUUUAUCAUUCAUAUGUUACACUCAUUAGGUUAUUGUUAUAAUUUAUUUGUAA